AUGGAAUUGGAAAUGAGAAAACCAAUUAAAAAUCAGCAGCAGUUGCAACAACAACAACAACAACAACAAGUGAACAAUGAAUCGUUGCAUAAUUCUUCCGGUACAUUAUAUUCAGCUGUCUCAGUCACACCUAAUUGGACAAAUAGUGCAAUAAUUGGUGAACAUUUAUGGAAUGAGACAACAUCUAAUCAAACAUGUUAUAUUGAUGAAUCGGAAUGUACUAAAUCUGGUUCAAAACGGAAAUGCUCUGUUUGUCAUAUUAUUUGUCAUACAAAUUGUCUUCCAUUGAUUCAAGUAUCUUGUAGACCAACAUUUCGUGAAGCAUUUAUUCAUGAUUAUCGUAAUGAAAAAUUAUGUACAACACAUCAUUGGAUUAAACGAAGGAAACAAAAUAAGAAAUGUAAACAUUGUGGAAAAUCAUUGCAAUCCAUCCUGGGAUUUUCAUCGAAAGACUAUAUGACAAUACAAUGUACAUGGUGUAAAAUAGGUUAUCAUAAUAAAUCCAGUUGUUUUCGUGAUGCUUAUCUCACUGAACCAUGUUCAUUAGGACCAUACUCCGAGUUGAUUGUUCCACCCGACUGGAUUAUUAAAUUAACUGAAAAAAAUAAUUACAAACUAUCAUUAUCAUCUACAUCAUCAUCGCCUACAUAUAAAAUAUGUCAAUCCAAUAGUUUUAUGUCACCGUGCUUGUCAAAUGAUAAAACAACUACACGUAACGGUCAAAUUCGUGCAUCUAUAUCACGACCAGAAAGUCUUGAUCAUUCCAGUCAACUAAUCAAUAGUGUGUCUGAUCAAUUCUCCUCAGUCACAACAACAACAACAACAACAGCAACUCCUGAAGACACUCAUCAAGCUGUAUCAACUAGUCAAACAAAUCUUUACAUUGAACCGAAAAUACUAUCCGCAUCAGCAGCAUCAUCUUCACCGUUUGUCAUAAAAACCAAUCCAACGAAUGCUGCUUCUUUAAAACCAUUGCUGGUAUUUCUUAAUCCAAAAUCCGGUGGAAAUCAAGCUUGUAAUUUAAUGAAAAAAUUUCAAUGGUUAUUAAAUCCACGUCAAGUGUUUGAUGUUUCACAAGGUGGACCGAAAAUGGGAUUGGAAUUAUUCAAUCGUGUUCCAAAUCUACGUAUUCUUGUAUGCGGUGGUGAUGGUACAGUUGGUUGGAUAUUUUCUACGAUUGAUUCAAUGAAUUUUAAUACCAUUCCACCAGUUGCUGUAUUACCGCUAGGUACUGGAAAUGAUUUAGCCAGAGCAUUGAAUUGGGGUUCUGGUUAUAUUGAUGAAUCGAUAUCGAAAAUAUUGAAUUCCGUUCAUGAGGGACGUGUUAUUGCUUUAGACAGAUGGCAAGUAAAUUGUGAAGUACGUGCAGAUUUUCUUCAAACAACUCAACAACUAACCUAUUAUGAUGAUAAUGAUGAUGAGUCCACAAGAAAUAGACCGCCGAUAUCUGAUGUUUUGCCAUUGAAAGUAUUCAAUAAUUAUUUUUCACUUGGAGCAGAUGCUGCAACAGCGUUGGAAUUUCAUGAAUCAAGAGAGGCUAAUCCGGAGAAAUUCAAUAGUCGUUUGAAAAAUAAACUAUUUUACGCUGGACUUGGCGGUAAAGAUUUACUUCGACGAAGUUGGCGUGAUCUAUCUGAACAUAUAACUCUUAUCUGUGAUGAUGAAGAUUUAACUCCACUUAUUCGUACUUUGAAACCACAUUGUAUAUUACUUUUAAAUAUUCCAAGAUAUGGAUCUGGUACUUUGCCAUGGGGUCAACCAACAACGGAAUUUCAACCACAACGAAUUGAUGAUGGAUUUAUUGAAGUGAUCGGUCUUACAUCGACAUCGUUGGCAACUUUACAAAUCGGUGGACAUGGUGAUCGAAUUUGUCAAUGUCGUCGUGUUCACUUGACGACAGAUAUAAUUAUUCCAAUGCAAAUGGAUGGUGAACCGUUUCGGUUGUUGCCAUCGAAAAUCGAUGUAUUCUGUUCGCAUCAAGCAUUAGUCAUACAAAAAUUAACACGUUCACCUGUUUCAUCGGCAUUGCUUCAUGACUACGAAAAUGAACAACAGAGGAAAACAAUCAAUUACAAAGCAAAAAUCAAUGUAUUUGUAAUUGCUUUGAAAGAUUUUGAAAACAUGUCUGAUAAUGUGAUUAGUUUGCGUCAAACAGCCACAUGCAUUGGUGUUAUUACUGCAAAAUAUGAUACAGAUUUAUCAACUGUACGAGAAAUUAUUAAUCAGUUGAAUACAAAUAAAACUGACGAUAAUUCAUAUGAUGAAACAUCUCAAUCAAUGGAAACUAUCCGGACGACUGUCCGGACAGUUCAAUUAUCGAACACAUGGGUUUUCAUUGAUUCUACGACAGCGGCCAGUCGAUUUUUUCGUAUUGAUACAGAACAAGAGAAUGCACAUUUUCUAACGGAUGUUUGUAAUAUGGAAGAUUUAUUUCUGAUCGAUUGUGCAUUGGAGUCACGUUUAACGUUGGAUGAUGAACAUCCGAAUGCUGAUUCACUUAUUGACGAUACUGUAUCACUCUCGUCACCUUUGAUCACCGACAACAAUGAUAGUGAAUUAAAUCGAUAUGAGGCUGAGGGAAGUUUGACCGGCGAAAUAACAUGUGAGCGCAAAGAUGUUGAAUGGAUAGAUGAAGAUCAGUUGAAUAGUGUUUCACCUGGAAUUGAAACAUGCAGUAGUCUAAUAGAGUCACCUAAUCAGAAUAAGAAUGAAGAUCACAAUGUUGUCAGUGGGCACUUUGUCGACAACCGUGAUGAUGAAGAUGAUGAGAAUUGUUCACGUAAAACUCAAUCACGACAUCUAUUGAUUUCCACAAAGCAUACAUCAUUCGAAGAGGACUUCAUCUAUCCGAAAGAUACCACGAUCAAUUCAACAUUAUCAUCAGACCAAAUGAGUGUUGUGUUCAGCGAGAAAAUCUCAAUCGAUAAACCACAUGAAGAAAUAAUGGAAGAGGGUGAAUUAGGCAUCUGUCAUGAAAAUGAUUUUCUUCAUACGCCAUAUGAAAUGAAUCAAUCUUAUCAUCAAUAUGACAAUAUUACCAAUACCGAUGAUGAUGAUUAUGAUGAUGACGACGAUGAGAUUGAGAGUAGAAGUAGUGGCAGUAGUAGUAGUAGUAGUAGCAGUAGUAGUAGUAGUAGUACAAGUAAUCAGGAAACAAUAAGUACUUUAACAACAAACUAUUCCAAUGAUAUUCCCCUAAUCAUCAUUCAUCAUAAUCAUCCUGUCAGUUCAUCAUCGUCAGUAGUAUCAUUAUCGUCACUCUGUACAAAUCAACAACAAUCAUCCCUGGAUCAAAUACAAAUUAUCAAUGAAGAGAACAAUGAAUUCACCGAUUCAUGUCAUCAUGAAGGAAUAACGAGACAAAAGCAUGAAUUGGAAAUUCAACAAUAUGAAAAUAAUGAUAAAGUAUUAUGCAUUCAAUGUAAAACGGAUAGUUUCACCAGUGAUGCUAGUGAUAAUGAGGAUACAAUUGAAAUACAACAAAUCCAAUCCAGUGAUAAUCAUGAUGAAGAUGGCAUUCAUGAUCACGAUGAGAAUGAGACUGACGAAGAUAAGAAGAUGUCUGAAUUCAUUCGAGAAAUUUAUAAUUUAUUAUACAAAUCUAAAAUGUGUAAUUAUCAAAAAUGCGGAAAGUCACUAGCUCCAAGCACUUCACAACAAGCACUACAACAUUAUCUUAACAAAGCUCUUCUCAAAGCAUCCUAUAAUGGUGUCAUUGAUCAUGUGGAAUCGCUGUUAAAUGCUGGAGCAAGUAUACAUACAUUGGAUGCAUAUGGUAGAUCAUGUUUACAUUUAGCAGCAAAAUUUGGACAUGUGAAAGUUGCUGAAUAUCUUUUAAAUUACAUUCCAGCAAAACUAAUUGAUUUACAAGAAUAUAAAAAGAACCAAACAGCACUACAUAAAGCUGCGGCGACUCGAAGAAGGCUCAUCUGUAAAAUGUUGAUCAUGGCUGGGGCCUGUCCAACGAUUAUUGAUAUUCAUGGAAAACAACCAAGUAAUUUGGCACUUGAAGUAAACGACCCACAACUUGCCACUUAUCUAAAAAGGGAAGAAAUAUUGUUCAUUAUUAGAAAUGGAAUUGAAAAGGUAGAUGUGUGAAAAGUGAACCAAUGAACUAGUUUUGCAAUACAUUCCAAACAAUAUCAGACUUCAAUAUCUGGACAUUUCGCGCGCUUUGUACAAUUUAGGAUAAAUAUCAUUAUUAUUUGUUUGUCUUACAAUAUUUCUGUAGAAUGUGUCUUAACCGAUAAACCUUUGUAUUGAGUCAGAAUUACGAAUAUAUAUUAUCAAUAUCAA